AUAAAACCACACUAAAGCCAAUGUUCAAACAAGCGCAUCACUAAACUUUAAACCUUCCGAUCGCAUUGCGUUGCGUUUAAAUCGUUCGUUGGUGCAGCGAAUCACAUGGUAAAAAGCUCGAUCUUAAGUAACUCAGUGGUGGAUAAAGGUGUGAACAACAAUAAAACCGGUACCCACGAGUGUACCCAUGCACACGAACUCAAUCAAAAGCUUUGCGAACACACGCAAUAAAAUACUGUUUGCCGAGCGCCGAGCUUUUACACGGGGUUCGGGACUCAGUUUGACGCGUCCGAUGGUAACCGAUCAGCGUACGAUCGUGUGUCUUUCGCCAUCGUGCUACUACCAACCGAGCGCUCGUAAGCUAUUAAACAUUUUCGAACGGCAAACACGCAUUUUAGUCUCAAACCAGUUGCUCCAACGUACGCUAGUGCCUCGUGCAAAGGCUCGCUGUUUCUUGCGCGAUUUUCCUAAACAAAAUAAAAAGUGCCACCAGUGCGAUGUGACUGCAAAAUUUGAGAUCAAAAGUAUCAAUUCCGAUCGCCAACAUUCUACACCGAUUCUUGUUCUUAUUCUCUGCCAUACUAUAGUGCGUGUAACAGUGCGUGUGAGUGCGGAUAUUACGGCUCACACUUGUGUUCCGUGUGUCCUGUCUAACAAGGCUAAUGUUGUGCAUCCGUCGAAGUGUGUUCCGUACAUCCUCAUGACCUAUCAAGCAGCGGUGUAUGUGUAACGAAGUGAUUUAUGCGAAUAAAAAAUAAGCUGAUAUUCUAAAGUGCAAACCAACCAACCUUUUGUAGGUUCUUUGACAAGUACCGGGAAGUGUUGAAGUUGCAAAUCGAACCAUCGAAAUUGUCAAGCUACUUGUGCGAUCUGUUUCGUACACGAGAAAAGUGACUAAAAAUAAUCUUUCCCGAAACGCCAUUUCUGACCAUUUGCUGCCUAUAUCCCCCGUACAGGGUGAGGCAGCUGAUCAGUACAUACCUAUACAUCGAAAGAGGAAGGAAAACUAAAAGAUCACAUCCAUACAUCGAGCUUCCAUUGACCGCAGAUUACGACCCGGUGUAAAUGUGUAUAGUAUUGGAUAGUAACACGACCUGACUUACGUUUACUACAUCCGUGUACUGUCCGCGUGCCAUAACAUCCGUAAAUUGAAGAAGAAGGUGUCCUAUUGGAUGCGCCUUAAGUACGACGUAAAUUUAUGAAGUUUUCCUUUAAAAAAAACUUCAACUAUUCUUAUAUAAGAGAUCGUUAGUUUUGUCUUUGCUGUACUAAACACAUAUACUAUCAGCCAUGACCAGCAUAUUAACCGCACCGGGCAAGUACCGUUCGCGGAAGGAUUACAGCACCGGUUCAAUCCCGACGUUAGUAUCACUGGACGAAGAAUCUAGUCUCUCGACAACGACCACGACCUCGGUGUGUAGCGAUACCGUCUUACUGCACAGCUUACGGACGGCCGGCAAUUCUGGCACUACCUCCACCAAUGGCACCAACGGCACCAGUAGUAACAGCAGCAGCAGCAGCAGCAACAGCACUAUGAACAUCAAAAAUGGACUCACCACAAAGCCCCCGAGGCGUAGUUCAUUAGGUUUAGCUCUGCUCGGUGGUGGAUCGCGUGCUUCCAAUGGUACGGAAAAAAGCAACAAGCGACGUAGUUCGAUCGCGGUCGUAUUUCUUGGCGGUGGCCGUAAAGACUCCAAAUCGUCCUCAAUAUCCGCGUCCAGUACGGGCAAUGGGCAUCACAAUCACAACGGACACUCCAUCAGUACCAUCCCGGAGAAAUACAUCAAAACGGGUGAAUCGGAUAUUGAGAACGAUUCACCAAACACGGACACGUUCGUAAUGUUGGGUGAAUCUGGUACGAAUGGACAACAGCAACAGGACCCAUAUGGAGGUGCGGCCAGUGCACUAGGAUAUGACAAGAAGCGCCGGCGCUCAUCAUCCUGGCAAACCAAACUUGAACGACGACGUCGCAAAGGCAUGAUGGCGUCACUGGAUGGUAGCGACACGAUGCAGCAAGAUUCGGCCAGUUUUAGCAGCUUUGGAUCGGUACAUGGCCUCGAUUCGUCACCGUACGGGCCGGGACCGAGCGGCAAAUAUGGACGUGAAAAGCGUCACUCUUGGUGGAACAUCUUCGUGCCGGAUAAUCUUAAACAAAGGACUCGUAGGGCUAGUCAGGAUGUGAUACUGUCCAAAAGCUCCGACACUCUCAGUAGCCCACCAUAUCGAAGGAGCAAAUCCAGGAGUGUCGAUCAUGGAUUGGCCGCACCGUUCGAUUUAGACUCGCUGCGCUCGAAGGUUGAAGGCAGAUUCGAAAGCAUCGAUCGACUAUCAAAAGAUGGCGAAAAGAAGCGUUCGAUGCCCACGAUACCCACAAUUACGUACACAGUAAAGGACCGGGACACACUAACGUCCGUGGCUGCACGUUUCGAUACGACACCAUCAGAAUUGACCCAACUGAACCGUUUGGCCAGUUCGUUCAUCUACUCCGGCCAGCAGUUGCUCGUACCGGACAAAAAUGCCAAAGCGAGUGCCGAUGGUGAAUCCGACACUAGCACGGAACGUUCCUCCAACAGUCCCACCGAUGGCCGCCGUAAGGGCUCGCAGGAAGAUUUGUCUCAGGAUGAAAAGGAUUUGCUGGAAGGAUUACGCCCGGGAUCACCGAAACCCGGUCACAUCGAGCGUGUUGCAUCACCGAACACACAAAGUGGCGGUGGAGCUGGAGGUGGUGGCGGAGGAGGAGGAGGCGGUGCGACCGGAACUGCAGCCGGUGGCGAUGAAGACGAUCCCGUGACUAUACAGCGUUUCUUAAAGAUCAACGUGCGGCACAUUACCGAUGGUCAGGGUGUAGUAGGUGGCGUACUGCUCGUCACCCCCAACGCCGUCAUGUUUGAUCCGAACGUGUCGGAUCCACUAGUCAUUGAGCACGGCCCGGAAAGCUACGGUGUCAUUGCACCGAUGGAGUUUAUCGUGAAUGCGGCCAUAUUCAACGAUAUUGCACACAUGCGCGUACAGGGUGCGGCCGGUGGUAACGAAACGGCAGAGAAAGCUGAGAUUUAUCAUCCUGCACCAGUGGAGAAACCGUGUUCACGCUGUGACACUCAUUCGCCCGGCAAAGAUUCGCUGCUCGUUAAGGACGAAACGUUCCCAGAGCUGGGCGUUGGAUCGGUGGAGGGAUGUGAUGAUCAGGAAUCGAUUUGCUCGAGCAACGAGCGUGAUGGGGACGCUUUUCCGAAGGCGUUCGAGCGCGAUCUCGUGACACCUAACAACCUGCAGCGUUUGCAUGGCGAUUCGACGGAGAGUGGUGGCAGCUCGGUAGAACCGAAACCACCGUCAACCGAACCACCCAUGUUUCUGUCGUACGAUCGUGACUCGUCGCAGUCUCACACGCCCAACUCCCUCGACCACAGUGCCGGUGCGUCAAACGAGCAGCAGCAGCAAAAGCAGGCAGGCGAUAAGACUGACCAAACCAAGACCAACAAUAUCUUAGAGGAUCCCACCAUGCGCUCCCUGGAGGAGCGACGGAGAAGUCUACUGGACCAGCACUGGGCAAUCCCCAGCAAGGACAGAUUAAAAUGUUAUUGCGAUCAAUCAUCAUCUCGAAGAUCUCUGGACGACGAAGAAGCUGCCAGUACGGGCAGUGGCACUACGGCUGCAUCGUCCUCGACGGCCGGUGCUAGCUCGAUCGGCGGUAUGGCGAGCGCUGGUGGACACCACGUAGCAAUUCCACCAAUUGCCGAAGUUGCGGGCGGUGACGGUCAGCUGGUAAAGCAAUCGUGCCACGAUUCUGGCAUCGACAUCCGUGACCCGGCCCAUGGUUCAACGUUGUCGACGGGCGGUGGAACCACCGGCGGUAGUGGCAGCAGUGCGGCCAGUUCUGUCGCCAGCAUACCAAUUGUGGCACCAAUUGCAACGAAAAAGGUGUACAGCGAUGCGGACAUCGUACUGAGCGCGGACUGGGUACCACCGCUGACCAUUGCACCGACCCAUUUGCACGACACUUCACCGCGUAGCAGUAGCUCACUAGCGUCCUCCUCACACCAAAGCACCUUGUCCACGCUGACAACGGAUGCGGGCGGACGGAAGAAAACGUCCAGCGUGAGUUUCAGCGUAGACGAACACGAUCCUCACGGUGCCACCGUUCCGGCCGGAUCCGGAUCACUCGACAAAGGUGGCGAAACGAAAAAGAACAAGAUGCUGAAGCGACUGUCCUACCCACUGGCUUGGGUUGAAGGAUUGACGGGUGAAGGAGGCAGCAGUAGUCACAAAUCGGAUUCGAUUGAAUCAGCACCGAACACUGGUGACUCAAACCAGAGCGUAUUUUCAAAAGUAUUUUCCAGCUCACCCAUCACGUUGGUUUCGGAGCUGGGUGGAAAUUUGUUUUUGUCCAAAACGCCAUCGGAAGACUCCGGAGGCUCACCUGUUCCACCACUGACACCGCACGAAGCGCAAGCGGGGGGGCCUAUAACGGCCGGACGAUCAUCCAUCGGAACAUUCAUACGUCAGCAUCCUUCUGAGGGUACUGCAAAUAAGCAGAAGCCGGCACCACCCAAAUUGGACUACCGGUCAAUGGUGUCCAUCGACGAUAUGCCAACACUGUUUGUCAGCUUCGACAUGAAGGCCCCAUUGUUUCCUCAGCUUGAGAAACUUGAACUUAUCCCACGACCGGCCCGAGCCUGCCCGGACCCACCGAUGUACCUUCGGUUGCGCAUGGGACGCAAGAUCGGCAAGAACACACCUCUUCCGACGACGGUAAUGUCCUACGGUAAAAACAAGUUGCGUCCUGAGUAUUGGUUUAGCAUUCCAAAAAAUAAGGUUGAUGAGUUGUAUCGCUUCUUAAAUGCCUGGGUGCAACAUCUGUAUGGCGAGUUGGAUGAGGCCGCCAUUAAAGAGCGUGGUUUCGAACUUAUCCAGAUGGAUACUGAAUGGACGACAAAAACUGGCAGCCCGUCGAAGGACGGUCGUUCCGCCAGUGAAGGCGAAAUCUCCGAGUACACACGUGAAUCAUGGGAGCUGCUAAAGGCACCGUUCGUUAAAACCUACAACAUAAUCAAAAGUCAAACGGGAUCUAACGAUUUGGACGGUUGUGAGGUUCUGUCUAUGAGCACAGAUGACUACAGAAAAGCGACCCUGUUUGCGUCUGGUUCGUUCGAUCAGGACUUCCAGAUUCCGGACCUCAUUGGACAAACGGAGAUCCUCAGCGAGGAGCAUAGAGAAAAGCUUUGCGCUCAUCUGCCGGCACGUGCUGAAGGAUACUCCUGGUCGCUCGUGUUCAGCACAUCGCAGCAUGGUUUUUCGCUGAACUCUCUCUACCGAAAGAUGCACAAGCUAGAGAGCCCCAUACUGAUCGUGAUAGAAGAUACCGACCACAAUGUGUUCGGUGCGCUUACAUCCUGCUCACUGCAUGUGUCAGACCAUUUCUAUGGCACAGGUGAAUCGCUGCUGUACAAAUUUAAUCCACACUUCAAGGUGUUCCAUUGGAGCGGUGAGAAUCUGUAUUUCAUCAAGGGUAACCCGGAAAGCUUGGCGAUCGGUGCCGGAGAUGGUAAAUUUGGCCUUUGGCUUGACGGGGACCUUAACCAGGGUCGAUCGCAACACUGCAGUACAUACUCGAACGAACCGCUGGCACCGCAGGAAGAUUUCGUCAUCAAAACGCUUGAAUGUUGGGCCUUUGUUUAAACCAUUUCCUCCUAGCCACGUUAGGAUGUGCAGCAGGAAAGAAGAACAACAAACGAAAAAGAAUGGACUGUGGUUAUGAACUUGUUUCCACAACCAUGUCCCCAGUGCUGUCACCAUCACGCCUCACGUGACACGAUCCCGCCCAAGCGUAUGUGGCUUGUUUUCCCAAAUUGCCCAUUUGCGGGAUGAAUCGUAUCGGCCGGAUUAACGGCCGGCGUUUCUACUUCAUCCCAACAAAACAAAACAAAAAAAAGAAACGAAUGGUGCAGGCGAAAGACACAGUCUGAUUUACCUAUAGCCGGACGCCAAGCGAGCGAUAACACUUUUCAGUACACCUCCGCUUAACCGUGAUGGCGCACAGUAGUGUGUGGACAAAAUCACAAAAUGGGUCGCUUUUGCGCUAACACGUGUCGGCAGCAUAAAUGAAUGAGGAGAAAAGGUUUAGCAAAUGCCCGGUACCGAUGGUGCAGCGAAUUGCAGAAUUCAAAUUAAAAUAGUGAUAAAUAAGCGAGCAGAGCAAAAAAAAAGGGACGUUUACGGUAGAAUAUGAGACUAAAACGAGGCGUACACACGUUUCCCACAACAUCUUCCCUUUCCUUUUUUUCCUUUCUCCCCUCCCCCAACUCCCUUGUUUCCCUGUUCACAAAAGUAAAUGUUGUUAUAAUGUAGCGAGCAUGGAGUAUAUAAUUAGUAAAAGCGAUAGAAAUGAAACUACUAUAGGAAAAUGAGGCGAAGUAUAUACAUAUAUUUAACAAACAAAACAAAACAAAAAAAAAAAGAACAUAAAGGAAAAUUGUAAUGAAGAGUAUCAAAUAUGUGCGCGUGCGUGUUGUUAUGUGUAUUCGAGUGGUAGGGCGAAAAGAAAGUAAGAGCUGCAACACAGAAACACGCAUUAUCUAUAAAACAGAAGAAAAAAAACUAUCACAAGACCAUAAUAGUUAAAUUAUAGACCCCUUUUCUCAUCCCCUUCGUGUACUGCUGGCGGCAAACAAAAGAUCACCGGAGCGGAAUGCACGUGCGCGCAACUGUAUUGUGUUGCGGAAACAUGUGGCCGGCAGGGCUUGCUUUUAGUAGGCAUUUCCGUUUGGUGAUAGUGUGCUUGUAGAAGAAAACAAAAAACUACUUGCUAAAUCCAAAGGAUCGGGAUUGAAUUGAAGUUCUAGAUGCAAUCCUUUGGAAUCCGUAUACACAGCGCGAAAAAAAAACAAACACACACACAAUUAGUAUCCAUCAUCACCCGUUAAUGAUGGUGCAUUAGCACACCCACACGAUUAGCUGAACAUUUCUUAACAUUCAAAGAACAUUUGUAUUAGAUGGUGCUUAUUAGAAUAUGAAAAAAAGGACAGUGGGAGCUAAUUCAGACGGCGCCUAGUGUUUUGUGUGCUUGAAUUGUUGUGGAAGGGUGUUUUUUGUUUCUGUUUUUGGUGGUUACGAUCAACUACUCGGUACAUUUUCCGCCAGGGAGCAAGAUACGGCGACAGAACGAUGUAAUAAUCAUUAACGCUUGUAAAAAAAAAAAAAUGAAAAUCCUCAAAAGCAAAAUCUAACUCUUGCUGCAUCGUAUGCGAAACUGUAACUCCCAUCAGUAUCGGUGUGGUGGCAUUCAUCACGCUUGACCCAAUCGUUGUUAGAAUGGGUAAUAUUUGGACAUGAUUGUGCAUGGGAUGAUUUGAUCCUCCUGGCUCAAUGUAUCUCCGCUUUCCGCAGAUGGAAAAUGUACAGCAGACAAAAGACCACAAAUUGUUUGCCUCAUCCCAGAGUUUGGUACAGUUCGGGCAGGUGCCCUUUACGACCGCAGCAUACAAAUAAGCCUCUCUAUUGUUUAACCUUACAUAAAUACGCGAAUCGAACAUUACCGACCGACAGACAAACAAAAGAUAAGAUAUAAUUUCAUUUUUAUGAGUUAACUCACUUUAUCACAUUCGUUCAUUUAAUCGUCAACUUUCCUUUUAACAUUUUCAGACGAGAAAACAACAAAAAGCGUUCUUAUUUUCGGGGUAGCACUUACAAAUUUGCGCAUGUUCGUAACAAACGGGAUAAAAUAUUUACAAAAACAUGAAGAAAACGCAAAAUAAACACGAAGAGGAUUAUAAAAGAAGGAAACGAGAGAAGAAAAAAAAACAGAUCACCGUAAGUCCAUUGGAAAAUUUUGGUUAAUACAGUUCUGUGUUGUUUUCGUCAUUUUCUGUUUUGUUAUUUUUUAUUUUACUGCGGCUCUGUCUAUGUUUAACUUUGUGAGUUAAAAACCUGGAAAGUUGACGAUAUUUAUUUUUUUUUUCUUCCCUUCAUGCGUAGUACAAAAAACCGUCAAAAGUACGAAGUCUUAGUGAAGUUUGGUACUUCACGUACUUAUUGUCAAAAAAAAACAAAUCAUCUGAACACUGUUCAGUACAGAAAUUAGACAACUCUUGCUGAUAAGAUCAUUGAAAGCUUCAUUAGCACACAUAAUACACAAAACACAAACAGAUGAAAAUAGUUUUUGAAUCAUGCAUCUUUGCUUAAUCUGCAUUAUUUUGCGAAGUGAUCUUUACCUUCGUUGUAAAUAGCGUUAUAUUGAUUCUGUUAUGCUGCAUCGGGCAUUCCCAUUUUAUUCGACACUUUGUGAUAUAUUACUUUCCCGUUCUAUUUCCAUUGCUCUGUGAAUAUAUCGCAUCAUUCGGUAGUAAAUAUUUGUUUUUGUUUGUUUUUUUUUUUGCUUUUUCAGUUUGUUUUCUUCUUCAGCGCAAGUGCUCUAUAUUUAUUUUAAACAUGCCGACUUUUCUGUAUUUUGUUGUGUAAAGCUCCCUAGUAAGAUUGGUUAUAGACUGGUUGGUUGGUUGGCUACCUUAUGUUGGCAAACCUCUCCCAUCAGUAGUGUUCCCAUUUGAAGUGUUUUGUGCGUAUUACGUUACGUUUAGUAUAGCCGAUUACUCGAGUCAAACACUGUUAAUAUUUUAACAAAUUUAUGUUUAAGACAGCAAACAAACCCAGAAGUCUAUAGCCGUGCGCAUAUGUGACACAGACGAAUAAAUUCAUUUAUUUUAAAUUAUUA